AUGGGGAAACGGCAGCAUCAGAAGGACAAGAUGUACAUUACCUGUGCUGAAUACACUCACUUCUAUGGUGGCAAGAAACCAGAUAUCCCACAAGCAAAUUUUCGUCGCUUACCUUUUGAUCACUGCAGUCUCUCUCUGCAGCCCUUCGUCUACCCAGUCUGCACCCCCGAAGGAGUCGUCUUUGACUUGCUUAACAUCGUCCCUUGGCUUAAGAAGUAUGGGACCAACCCCAGCAAUGGAGAGAAGCUGGAUGGGAGGUCCCUGAUCAAGCUGAACUUUGCAAAGAACAAUGAAGGAAAGUACCACUGCCCAGUGCUAUUCACCGUGUUCACCAACAACACCCACAUCGUAGCUGUCAAGACCACGGGCAAUGUCUAUACCUAUGAGGCAGUGGAGCAACUAAAUAUCAAGGCCAAGAACUUCCGAGACCUGCUGACAGACGAGCCCUUCUCUCGGCAGGACAUCAUCACCCUCCAGGACCCCACCAAUUUGGACAAAUUCAAUGUCUCCAACUUCUUUCAUGUGAAGAAUAACAUAAAAAUAACAGAUCCUGAUGAAGAAAAGGCCAAACAGGACCCAUCUUAUUAUUUGAAAAAUACAAACGCCGAGACCCGAGAGACGCUGCAGGAGCUCUACAAAGAGUUCAAAGGGGACGAGGUUCUGGCUGCCACCAUGAAAGUCCCAGAGAAGAAGAAAGUGGACAAGCUGAAUGCUGCGCACUAUUCCACCGGCAAGGUCAGCGCCUCCUUCACCUCCACUGCCAUGGUUCCAGAGACUACGCACGAAGCAGCUGCCAUCGAUGAGGAUGUGCUGCGCUACCAGUUUGUGAAGAAGAAGGGCUAUGUGCGGCUGCACACCAACAAGGGCGACCUCAACCUGGAGUUGCACUGCGACAUGACACCAAAAACCUGUGAAAACUUCAUCAAACUCUGCAAGAAGCAGUAUUACGAUGGCACCAUCUUCCACAGAUCCAUCAGGAACUUUGUGAUCCAGGGGGGAGACCCCACUGGCACAGGCACAGGUGGGGAGUCGUACUGGGGAAAGCCUUUCAAAGAUGAAUUCCGGCCCAACCUCUCGCACACGGGCCGGGGUAUCCUCAGCAUGGCCAACUCGGGGCCCAACACCAACAAGUCUCAAUUCUUUAUCACCUUCCGCUCCUGCGCAUACCUUGACAAGAAGCACACUAUCUUCGGGCGGGUUGUUGGGGGCUUUGACACACUGACAGCCAUGGAGAACGUGGAGAGUGAUCCCAAAACUGACCGCCCUAAGGAGGAGAUCCGCAUUGACUCCACCACGGUGUUUGUGGACCCCUACGAGGAGGCUGACGCUCAGAUUGCUGAGGAGCGGAAGAAGACGCAGCUCGAGGAGGUGGCCCCAGAAAGCACAGUGAAAACAAGCCAGCCCAAGCCGGGGAGCCAGGGCCCCCAGACGUACCGCCAGGGGGUGGGCAAGUACAUCAACCCGGCAGCCACGAAACGUGUAGCAGAGGAAGAGCCCUCAACCAGUGCAGUUGUCCCUGUAGCCAAGAAAAAACCCAGCCGAGGUUUUGGGGACUUCAGCUCAUGGUAG